GAUUUUCUAGCAAACCAAACACUGCCUUAUUUCAUCUCCAGUUGAAACAAACCCUAACAUUGCAGUGAUAGAGCAAUAACCUAAGAAGAGAAAGAGAGAGUAUGAGUAACGUGACAGAGAAAUUGGGCAUCAAGAUUGAGAGGAACCCUCCUGAAGACAAGCUCACUCAACUUGGUGUUAGGCAAUGGCCCAAAUGGGGUUGUCCUCCAAGCAAAUUCCCAUGGACAUAUGAAUCUAAAGAGACCUGCUAUCUCUUGGAAGGAAAAGUGAAGGUUACCCCUAGUGGGGCAAAUGAGUCAGUAGAAAUUGCUGCUGGUGAUUUUGUUGAGUUCCCAAAAGGGAUGAGUUGCACUUGGGAUGUGUCAGUUGCUGUUGACAAGCACUAUAACUUUGAAUAAAAUCCUACAAGGGAUAUUCCUAAUGAAUGAAACAGGAGGACUUUCUUGAACAAAUAAAUGGCUGUAAUGUUGAGUGAAAUAAGAACUUUUAAGUAGAUUUCAGUUUUUGUUGGUAAAGGUGUUAUUCUCGCUUUUCUUUCCUUUUGUCUC